GGCGCCCGAGGGGGAGGCGGUGGGGCGCAAAGGCCCCGCCGGGGAAGGGCGCAGCGAUGCGGCUGCUGGCCCAGGAACCCAACGAGCCCCCGGGGCCCGGGGCCGGCCCCCGCCCCGCUCCGCUGCGCAGGGGGCCGAGCCGGGCGCCAUCCCCAGCGCGGGGGCAGGGCCCCGCCGGGACCCCGCAGCCAGGCCGGGGCGCGGCCCCGCGUGUCGCAGGAUACGUGGCACCCGCCCGCUUCCUGCCGCGCUGGGCCCGGGGCGGCCGCCGGCUCCGGCUUCCGGCAUGCGAGCGCCGCAGGCAGGGGCAACAUGACCACAGCCAAGCCAAAAAGACUCAAGUUUUCCGAAGAAGAGAAGUUCCUCAUCCUUGAAGAAUUCAGCCUGCGCAAGGACAUCCUGAUCCCCAAGAGCGGGCGCUACAAGAACACGAUGGACCGUCAGCGAGCGUGGGAAGAGAUCACUGCCGCUGUCAACUCCCUCAGCCCGCUUGUGCGGCGCACGCCUGACGAGAUCCGCAAGAAGUGGCAUAACAUGGUCAUUGACGCCCGCAAGGAGCUGACCACGGUGAAACACCCUUUGCUGAGGCAGCGGCCCCAGGAGAGGCUCUUCCACAACAUCUUUGCUCUCUUCAAUAAGACAGGGCCGGAGGUGACAGAACCAUUGCUUCUGGGCCCUGGUUUCGGAACGAAGCCGUCCAGCAGCCCGGCUGGAACCGCAGUGCCUCUCUGCGCAGCGGAGGGGAUGCGGGAGUCUUCGUCAGACUUAUUCCUCCACAGCCAGAAUGAUGGACUUCGGCUGAGCCAGGGGAACAAACUGCUCUGCAAAACGGAGGUCCUUUCGGACACAGACAAAGAAAUGGCACCAAGGACUGGCUGUCCUGGAAAGAGUUUCAUCCAUGCUCCAGGGGACCCGCAGCCCAGCGAUUUGUGCUUGGGUGGAGCUCAAGAGAGUGUGGAAAAGAGACUGUUGGGCCCCAGUAAGGAUCCACCGCUGAUAUGUGCGCCCGUAGCUGAGACACAUCCUGUGCCAGUUCACAGGACUACCUCGCCACCGAGCCAUGGAGCUGAGGUGCUUGCUCCCGGCAGGACUCCGGUGCCUCUCAACUGCUCCCCAGACUUUGCACUGGCCUAUAAGAUCAAGUGCCCUUUGAGCCCUAUAUUCGAAUGGCCUUGCCUAGGGAUCAUCUCAAGCCCAGUCACACAAAGCAGCAGGACUGACAGCCCCAGCUCCGAAGGCAUCCACACAGCAAUGGAUGAUAAUGCAAGCACCUCUGUGACCGAAGAUUCGCUGCCCAGCCAGAGGGGUUGUGUCGGGCCAGCCAAGGAGCUUCGGGAGACGCACAGCCGGCUGCACACCGAGAUCCUGGAGCUGCAGAAAGAGACCUUGCAGCUGCAGAAGGAAAAGAUCCUGCUGGAGAAAGAGAAACUCUUACUGGAAAUUGUCAAACUGCGGCGAGAGCUGGACACGUGACCAUCUGCCGGGGAAUGAUCCUGCCCCUCCACAGUCCGGGGAGCUCAGAGCCCAGUUCAGACCCGCUCGGCUCCAAGUACCCUGUUCUCUGGAACUUCAUGUGCUUAAGUGAAAAAAGAAUUGCUUGCUCCUCCGAAUGAGCAGGAGAGAACUGAGCUGGUGCUGACCCUCACAGACGUGAAUGGCAGGGACUCUGUUUCCUGUGCAGAAAAGACCAGAGAAAUCACUCCACCGAUGCUCUUAACCUGCAGUGAGAGCCACACCCAGACAUCGGGGGGCACCUGUUGUGGCUUUGGUGGCAGAGCGUAAAACUCGCAUAGGUUUGGGAGAGCCACAGCACCAAGGAAAUAACUCUGCGUGGGCCUGCACGGGGCCCCGCCCUCAGCAGGGCGCCAGAGCAGUCCACGGGCCAGGGAAGAGGGGUCGUAUCUGUGUAUGGAACAGCAGCACAGUGCUUCACCCCGGGCUUCACCUGCUGUAUCGCGCAUUGCAGAGAAGACUGGACAUGUAGCCAUGCCAUUGCUUCCUGCCUCUGCAGGGCCUUCCCCCUUUAGCCACGAGCAGGGAAUUUAAACCAGUAUCUUCUUUUUUCCAUGGUGAUAUAAACUUACUAAGUAGAGAACCAGCUUAGCAGCCCACUCCCUUUGCAAGCCAGGAUCCAGCCCUGUAUUACAGUGUAGGGAGCUACGGGGCAAAGCCUAAGGGUCUUUCUCAGGGCCAACUCCUGGAGAAGAGAGCGGGAGUUUUACCUGAGUAAGAACUUAGGGUUUGGCCUUUAAUGAUUAAGUAUUAAGUUAAAAUAAACAAGUGAGCACAACCAGACUCAUUCCCUGCUGGCACUGCCUGGUUUUCUGCUCUCUUCUUAUUGCCAGAGGCAACAAGAACCUGAGCGCACCCAGGGGUCUGCUUGCUUUGACCUACCCUUAUGAGGAUUGUCUGUCUCAUGUCUAAGAUGGAUAGUCUGAGUUUCUCCCAAAUACCUUAGGGGGCACACCUACUCCUAGCCACUUCCUCAUCCUGUCCAGCUGGGCCACAGUUCAGGAAUGGCCUUGUUUAUGACUUUCUUAGUGUUCAUUUUAGUGCUUGGGAAAGUGCCUUGCUAUUGACACUAGCUAGAGCUGGACAUGACCCCAGCAGAUACUACAAACUUCCCACACAACUCUGCCAAAGAAUCUCCAGUGUGACUUGGAUCAGCCUUGCCAAUGACAGUCCCGGUCCAUCACUUCUGCUCGUCCCAAGGCAUGUGGUGGUUUUGGGAUGCAAGCAAAAGCCCCCAGAGAACUAGGUCAGAGGGAUUAGAUUGAUCAGAGAUGACCUCUUUUCAGCUGGGAACAGAGGCAUCCAGAAGUGAAAGGUCAUUGCACUAGUCUACUGCAAGCAUCAUCUUCCUGCAUUACCAUCUUAUCUCCAGCGCUCUCUUUGGUGGGGAUCCUUGCAUGGGGAGGAAGCGAGUCUCCUGGGGAAUUCCUCCCUCCCAUGAUACAGAACCAUUCCCAGAGGCCCACCUGCUGACGUAUUCCGAGGGCUGCCUGAGUCGAGACCUCAGGAUUUGUCUGGAGGAGCAGCUCCACCCUGGGAGAGGACAUCGGGAGUGAGCAUUGUGGUGGUUGGAUGAGGCCAGAGCGGCGUUGAUGGGGGUUGCUCUGAUGCAGCUCUUGCCCAAGGGAAUGGUGGGGAGAGUGUUUUAAAUGCUGGGGCUGGAUAAGGUUCCAUCUCGUUUGGUUGCAUUCCGCUCCCUGGACAUUUGGAAGCCCGACGACUCCGGUAGCAUUUGAGGUUUUUAGCGAGCUCAGCUGGUGCUGUGACGAGCAGCUGUACCAGGAACUGGCACGGGGGCCGAGCCAAAUAAACCUGAUCUCUUCAGAAAGAAAACCCCUGUGAGAUGUCUAGUGUGGGGUAGGUCAGGUUACUGCACGUCACCAUGUGAAACAAAAUAGGACAUUCAAAAGCUAAUGUGGGAUCUGGGAGCCAGAAUGUGGUGACACCUCUCAGAUUGCAGCACAGUAGCUUGUGGGGACCAGCAUAACAAGCGUACAGACUGGCUGUCUCUCUUGAGGGACCAUGGGUGUCCAUAGGGAACGUAAUACAUUUGAAAAGUAACCUAAUGCUUCAGGUGGUGUUCAGAUUGGCAUCUUCUGCUCACAGGAAAUAACCCAGUUUGCAUGGGUAGCUGCCACUUGAUUUCACUUCCCUUUGUCUUACCCGGGAAUCCCAAUGAUUGCAGUGACAAGCAAAACAGUAUCCAUGCUUAUUCCCCUGCCAGUGACUCCAACUCUUACCUGCCAGCCCUGCCAAAUUAACCUUGAUCCUGCAGCUAAGCUGGGCUCUUUCCUUUGUAUGCAUUGUCACUAGUGACCCUGGCCCCGGCAUACAACUGAGGCUGCAUGGCUCAGGGUUACAUUUGGCAGCUUGAAAUACUGUGGUGGUUGAACUAAGUAAGUUUGAAACUUAGCUACUUCUCACAUAGCACAAGUGAGGGCUAGGCAUUUCCUAGCACUUAGAACAGGAAGCUGGAAGUUAGGACCCUGAUGGGUGCUCUCUACGAGGAGAGGCUGAGGGAACUGUGGUUAUUUAGUCUGCAGAAGAGAAGAGUGAGGGGGGAUUUGAUAGCAGCCUUCCACUACCUGAAGGGGGCUCCCAAAGAGGAUGGAGCUCGGCUGUUCUCAGUGGUGGCAGAUGACAGAACAGGGAGAAAUGGUCUCAAGUUGCAGUGGGGGAGGUCUAGGUUGGAUAUUAGGAAACACUGUUUCACUAGGAGGGUGGUGAAGCACUGGAAUGGGUUACCUAGGGAGAUGGUGGAAUCUCCAUCCUUAGAGGUUUUUAAGGCUCGACUUGAUAAAGCCCUGGCUGGGAUGAUUUACUUGGGGACUGGCCCUGCUUUGAGCUGGGGGUUGGACUAGAUACCUCCUGAGGUCCCUUCCAACCCUGAUCUUCCCUGAUUCUCUGAGCUCUAACACUGGAACCUUGAGCAAGCCAGCUAACCUCAGCAUUUCAAUUUCCUCACUGAGGAUAAUAGUUACUUACUAAAGUCAGGAUUUGAAAUCAUACUUCACGGUCAAGAUUCACAGACGUAUUAUUUUCAUAAGUUAGACUGGCACUGAGGAUCUCCUCCAGGGUUAGCAUCCCCAAGCAAAAGACCAACCGCAGAAAGCAAAUUCAUUUUGCAAUACUCUAAAGUUUUUUUAGUUUCAUGUAGUAUAGUUGCGGAAAGUAGGGGUGACAGAGCAUCUAUCUCCUUUGCCCUGCAGAGGGCACUAGAUGUCACUCCUGCUGGUUUUGAAGGCAUCAUUUGAUGGCAAAACAGCCCUACUGGGAGGGAGCAGAAGCAGAGCAGCGGUUCUCCACGGAUAUUGAUGCAUGGUUUAUGAAGCCAUCCUUUUGGCACCAGGGACAGGCUCCAUCUGUCUGCUAUAAUUUCCAUGCACAAAUGGACAACACCCGUUCCCCCUGAGGCACUGUCGUCUUGUAGAGGCCCAGCUGGUCAGGGACUUCAUAGGCACCGUAGACCUUUCACGCCUGCUUCAGUUCACACAACCAUCAGACCCUCUCCGCCCCAUCCAUUACAUGCCUGGAGUCCCACUUUUAUUUCCACUAAACAUGCUUAAAGCAGCGGCUGUGGAAGCCUUUUUGUGCAGGUUAAUGAAAUGGAUCCCACGUCACUUCCCACCUUUGCCCUUGUCGCCAUGGCUGUGGCCCACUCAGCUGCCCGCGUUGCAUGUUUGCUUCUGGGAGGAUAGAGCUCUGUGAGCAGCAGAGCAUGGAGUCCAGGGUUAAGCACUCGGUGUGGCCCUCUGCACUGAGCAGGAGGGAUUCUCAAGCACCCUGCUCCUCUUGCAGUGUGUAAGGUACUACGGGAUGAUGGGGAGAGAAGGGGACAUGUGCAGAUCAGUGCACUGAAGUACACAUUUCCUGUCAGGCUAAUGUGCUUAGCUAUCUGCUCUCUCAUAGGCCUUACUCUGAGUUCUUAGCAGGAAUGUCUGCAUAAGCAGUACUCCCAUGAAUCCUCCUGCACUCCCCAGGCAUGACUUAGGCAAUGCAGGCUGCCAUGGGUGUUCUUUAGAGUCUGAUAAGAACCAGCUGGGCAUAGUUAAGGGUCCGGGGGGGGAGCCUGCAAGUGCCCACCAAACAGCUGUGCUCCCUGCCUGAUCAAACCCUGCCGACUCUGUUAGUUUCCUCUCUUUGAUGGGCCCUGUGGGUACAUAAUGUGAGCUGCCUGUUUGGGAAGACAGGACUAUCUGGGGAGAGGGUUAGAUUGGCUGCUGUUGGGGGUGAAUGCCUCUCCAAGUUCUUAGCACUUGCUCAAAGCUCCAUAGGCCAAGGAGCUGGGGGGUCAUGGCCUGACCACUUUUAAGCAGCAAUCCCAUACUAAUGUGUACGGCUGCUGCCUGAGCAGUCUGGCGCAUACAGCCGGAGGGGCAGCCAGGCCAAAUUUCAGAGUGUGGUGAUGUGAUCUGGCGCAUGAGAUCACAUCACCAAGCAAAGUUGGCCUGGCCACUCCUCUAUGCAGAAAAGUGGCUGGGCCAAAUGGUGCUGUGACCUAGCACCCAGGAUUCUCUUUCUGUAUGGCAGAGUGCAGGGGAGCCUGGUGAGAACUCAUCUCUUGGUAGCACCAGCUCAUGUCCUGUGUGGGUAGGAGAGAGGGAGGUUCCCAGGCCAAGGAAGACCCAGGACCCCUGGGGGGAGCAGGGAAUGAGUAAGGACAGGAAUGGGGUGCCUGCUGUCUGGGGAGAAAGGGACUGGAGUUUGCUUCCCCCUCCCCUGAAAUACCUGAAUUGGCACUACUGGUUCAGAAUCAGGAUCUGACCAUCCCCGGAGUUCAGAUCAGCCCACAGAACACAGAGGGCUCAGCCAGAACCUUUGGAUCCCGAUUUGUUUUCUUACAAAUUUUCAGGGCUUUUGGCUCAGAUCCGCAUUGAAUCAUCUCUGUGCUGAGCGAGGAGCAAUGGCCCCUGUAUCACACCUCUUCCCAGCUGCGCAAAGCACUCCUUGCGUAUUCCACCAGAGCAUCAUGAAAAACACUCCAGCUCUUUGCAGGCAGCGAUCAACAUUUGUGUGAACAGCCCUCAGAGCUGAGACAUAUUGUCCACUCACCAAACAGCUGGUACCAGUCAAAUUACUAAGCCAGCCCAGAACUGCGGGAGGUAAAUGAGCAUUCAAAGCCUCUGGCCUAGUUAAUUCACAGCCUAACCCUGGCACUGGUUAUUCAUACCAAAGAAAUGCUUUCGACUUCCUUUGAGGAUAAACAGAAUGCGUGAAUCAGACAGGAGGGAGAGAUAGUCUCAUGUACAAGUUCUCUUUCUAAGCUAUAUUACCUUUGACAAGUGAUUGAUAGAAACCAUCCUGCUGGAUUUCUACGUCCGCUUUUUCAAAGCGGAAAUUACUCACUUGGUUUUAGGUAGUUGUUACAAGACAGGAUGACCCGCACAGCCUGCUUUGUACCCUCUCUUUUAGCCAGCCUGUGAUAGUGGAGGGGAACAAUCAAUGUACACUACAAGGUGUGGGUGUGUAAAGCGGGUGUGCUAACAUCAUCCUGGGUGUAAUUUGGGGGUGAGGGUGUCAAUGGCAUUUAGCCCAGUGGGGUUUUGCCAAGGAGAAGCAUUUAGGAAAAAUGAACGGAUCUUAGAAGGAAUUAUGGCAGCUUCAGGGAGCAGCUGUCAGUAGCACAAGGCAAUGGUGAGAAAGCACCCUUCUUAGCAAUUGCACUGAAGGCACUAAGGAGACUUACCAGCUCAGAGGGGGAGAAAGGCAGCCACCAGUGGAAAAUGGCUCCAGUAGGGCUGCAGAUGCUUGGCUCCGCCCUAUUUAAAGGGCCAGCCCUUGAAAGGCCUGCUGGGAAAAGGGGGCAACCCGAGAGUGGGGAGAGUAAGUAGGGGACAAGCUGCCGCAAAGGGAGGGGCUCGAGGUUGCUACAGCAGAGCUUGUACAUCCUGGCAGUGAUGGUGCUGGGUCACAAGCACUUCCCAGCCAAACAUCAACGGCUUGAACCUUGAGUGGGAGAAGAAGGAUUUUCUGGCUUGGAGGAGCCAGCUGCAGGGACCCCGGCAGACCCUGGACACAGGCUGCAGCAAGUGCAGCAUGGGAGCUAGGCACGUUAUGUGGGCGUCUCUUUAAGGCCUGAUUCUGCACGGGCCUAAUCCCCUCCCGUUAAGCCAAUGGGAGCUGAGUGCCCUUGGUGAACAGGCUGGGCCCGCUCCUGCUAGCCCCAGCCAGGGAGUCUCAGGCUCCUCAUACACGUCAGACUGAGAAGCCUUGCUCCAGCCUGCUGCAGGGCUGUUUGCUUUUCCAGCCUGUGGCGUUCACGGCUCUGCUCCUCAAACAGGGUCAUUCGCUGAGACCGGGGCAGCCCCGGGCAGGGAACAAGCUGCCAUUUGUAAAUGCUCGUGAGGUGCUGGGAUAAGUCCGGCUUGAGUGUCUCUAAAUCCCCCCCUUAAAGGCCCUGUAGCCCUUCUCAGCCUGCCACCUGGGAGGGGUCCAUGCCGUAUCUAAUGCCCUCCCCCCGGGUCUAGAGCAGAGCCAAAGCAUUGGGGCGCGAUCAUUUCGCAGCCACACAGUCCGUGUGCUGGUUGCUGAGCACUGUUACUCUCUAGGGUGCUUCCCCUCUGCUGGCUGCAGAAAGCCCUGGGGAUGAGUUGGUCCUUUGGGGUGCAGUCACUGUCACAGCUCCUAGCUCCCUGGUGGGCCCAGGCUCCCCCUGCAUUGCCUGGAGUGAGUUAAGUGCCUAAAGAAGGGAUUCUCAGAAGCCAGCGAAGCGAGGGUAUGUCUGCACGGCCAUGGGAGGUGUGACUGCAGCAGGCAUAGGCCUCCCCAAGCCAGCCUGCCCUGACCUAGCUUGAGUCACCCCAGCAGCGCAGCACGGCCUCACCACUCGCGUCUGGUCGGGGUCCUGGGCGGGGUUGGUCGCGGAAGGUGCUGCCAGCCCACGUGGCUAAUGUUACUUGAGCUAGCUGUGAUGGAGCUGGAUCCGAGCGAGCUCGGGUAUGUCUGCAGGGGCUGCUCUCACACACCCGUCACAGUGUCGACAUAUCCCAAGGGGGAGCCACCUACGCUGGGCAGUCGGACAUGCUGCAGUGAGGGGCAGGGCUUAAACCCAGCUCUUCCAAGGUACUUAGGUGCCUGACUGAUGGGCUAGAAGGAGGCACCUCUCUCUGCUUCCGAUGAAGUGAGCAGUAGCUCACGAAAGCUUAUGCUCAAAUAAAUUGGUUAGUCUCUAAGGUGCCACAAGUACUCCUUUUCUUUUUGCGAAUACAGACUAACACGGCUGCUACUCUGAAAUCUCUCUGCUUGUGUUUCUCAGCUGCGUACCCUCUCCUGGAGGGAGGCGCCUAAGCCAGGGGGAUGUAGUCUCAGGGAAAAUAGGAACCACAUACACCCGCCCCAUUAUAGCCAAUGCAGCUGGGAUUCAAACCACUGCUCUGCCUGAUUUGGAGCAGGGAGUUGAAGCCAUGACCCUAAGCAGCAGGCAAUUGGCUACUCUCUCAAGCUCUUCUGUUGGAGCUGGACUUUGCAUAACUAGCUACAGCUGUAUUGAGCCAGAGGCUACGGCAGUCCCCUGGAACAUAAGAGAAGCAGGCUCAAGCCCUGCUCCAGAGCGCACAGAGUGGAGAUUCACACCUGGAGCAGUGCUGACCACCCCAGCAAGAGCCCUAACCCUUACAGGCAACACCCACCCCUUUGCGCUAUCUUCCCAGCCUGCUUGUUCUUGGCUGUCUUGGGGCAGUUAGGCAUGCUCUGAGGGACCAUCAUGUAUGAUACGGCUUUGCAAAGCCAAGCACAAUGGGGGUGCUGAGCUCGUUGGGGCUUUACAUGCUAUUGCAGUACCAGUGGCAGCUACGGAGCUGGAGCAAAUGAUCGGACAGGCAGCUGCUUCUAUCUCCAAGUUCUGUGAUUCUGGGGAAACUGAGGCGCAGAAGGGUGAGAGCCAACAUUUUCAAACUUGAAUACACACCCCUAGGCAUAAAAAUUCACGUAGAGCAAGGGUCUGAUUUUUGCAUGUGGAUGUAA